GUUUUCUUCUGCACUUAAGUGUUUUUUUUAUUAAGUUUUUUCUUAUCUUUUUAUCCACGUUCUUAUCGAGUACUCAAGCAGUCGUUGAUUACAAUAAUUGCUGUAUCACUUGACACUCUAUAUAUAGCUAAAGGUGGUGUAAAAAAAGCUUUUUUUGCGCUAGAAGCUCAAAUUAUUCCUAUAUGGCAGUCAGUCAUUUUUGAUCUCUCUGCAAUUUCUCUUCAAUUUUUUUGGAAUUUAGAAGUGAAAAUGUCCCAACUACGCUAUGAUGGUCGUGUGGUGAUUGUGACUGGUGCUGGUGCUGGUCUGGGCAGGGAGUAUGCCCUUCUGUUUGCUAGCCGUGGCGCCAAAGUUGUGGUGAAUGAUCUGGGUGGUGAUCCAAAUGGGAAGGGCAAGUCCCAGAAGGCAGCUGAUGUGGUUGUGGAUGAAAUUCGUGCCUUGGGAGGCAUUGCAGUUCCGGAUUACAAUUCCGUCACCGAGGGGGAGAAGAUUGUCCAGACGGCAAUGGAGAAUUUUGGACGAAUUGAUGUGGUUGUGAACAAUGCAGGAAUUCUGCGAGACAAGAGUUUCCCACGAAUUUCCGAGACUGAUUGGGAUUUGAUCCAUGAUGUCCACCUGAAGGGCAGCUUCAAGACCACCCAAGCAGCCUGGCCAAUCUUUAAGAAGCAAAAUUUCGGCCGAAUCAUCAUGACCUCGAGUAAUUCAGGAGUCUACGGAAACUUCGGGCAGGCAAACUACAGCGCAGCUAAGCUUGGGCUCGUUGGUCUUGCCAAUACCCUAGCAAUUGAGGGGGCAAAGUACAACAUUCAUUGCAAUGUUAUUGUACCCACUGCAGCGUCUCGAAUGACUCAGGGAAUUAUUCCUGAGCCGCUUUUCCAAGAGCUCAAGCCGAAGCUGAUUGCCCCUGUUGUUGCAUAUCUCUGUCAUGAGAACACCGAAGACAAUGGGGCUGUUGUGGCAAGUGCCGCAGGAUGGGCGGGAAAAGUGGAGCUUAUUGCCGGCAAAGGAACUAUGCUGAGAACAUCUCUCCAUCACGACGUUACAAUUGAAAAUGUCCGGGAUGCCUGGUCAAAGGUAGUUGAUAUGUCUGAAGCACGAAAUAUGCGAACAAUCGGGGCGGCAAGUGCCAAUCUCAUGAUGGUACUUGAGGAUCUUCAGAACAACCAGCAGCAAUCAAGCAAUGAUGGAACAGUUGCUGCAGCCAAUGGAGUUUUCACAAAUGAAUUUAAAUUUGGUUUUAAGGAUCUUAUUCUCUAUGCUCUUGGAAUUGGUGCAUCUGUAUCUGAACCUUCUGACCUUAAGUAUUUGUAUGAGAGUCACGCAGAGUUCUCUGCUUUGCCCUCAUUCUUCAUUCAACCUGGAUUAAUGCUUACAAUGACUACGGGGAUCACAAAGAGUGCAAUAACUCACAAAGAAUUCGAUCUGACCAAUAUUCUUCACGGAGAACAAUAUUUGGAAGUUUUUGAUUUUCCCCUGGAGGGAAAUCUUCGUACAGAAGGAAAAGUAAUUGAUGUGAUGGACAAAGGAUCUGGUGCUGUUGUGGUUACAGCCUGUGAAACUUUCGAUAGUCAGGGAAAUCUCGUGGCUCGGAAUCAGAGUGCAACCUUCAUUGUUGGAUGUGGUAAUUUCGGAGGGAAGAAACACCCAAGUCCCGAAGUUAUUUCUACCCUGCCAACACCCACAACUUCACCAGAUUGCUCCAUCACACUCAAGACAUCGGUGGAUCAAGCAGCAAUUUUCCGCUUGAGCGGAGAUCCCAAUCCUCUGCACAUUGACCCCAAUUUCUCCAUCAUUGCUGGCCACAAAAUUCCCAUCUUGCAUGGAUUAUGUACCCUGGGAUUCUCUCUACGUGCUGUCCUUAAGGCCUAUGCAAAUAAUGAUUCAACACUCUUCAAAGCCAUCAAGGUGAGAUUCGUGAAACCAGUGAUCCCUGGGCAAACUCUCAAAGUUGAUAUGUGGCAAAAUGGCAAUCGUAUUCAGUUUAAAACGAGUGUUGUUGAGACUGGCCAAGAUGUACUCAGUGGAGCAUAUGUUGAUUUAAAGAGCACAGUUAAAGCUGAAAAAGUUGUAAGCGCAACAACAUCCACGAUGGGUCUUCAGAGUGAUGCUAUUUUUGGAGCUAUUAAAGAUCGCGUUGAUGGCGAACCUGCAAAGGCAAAGUCCGUGAAUGGAGUGUUUUCGUACAAGAUUACGGAAAAUGGAAAAGUUGUAAAAGAAUGGACGCUCGAUUUGAAGAACGCCAAGGUGUACGAAGGGGUACCACAAGGCGGUGUCAAAGCUGAUACAACUUUGACCGUGGCGGAUUCUGAUUUUGUGGACAUCGCCUUAGGGAAAAUUAAUCCUCAGGUUGCAUUUAUGAAGGGAAAACUAAAGAUUACCGGAAACAUCAUGUUAACCCAGAAAUUGGUUCCCUUCUUGAAAACCGAUUCAAAAUUGUAAAGAAAUCAUUGAACAUUUUUUGCAUUCCACACGGGAAAUGGUUUUUAUGUGAUUUUUAUUUCUUUUUGUGGUUCAAAUGUGCUUUUUUAGUGUAAUAAUUGUUGGUUAAAAAUGGGUUAAAAAACUGGUACAAUACUUCAUUUUUUUUAUACGUUUUUUGUCAAAUCAAAAGAAUCAUGAAAUCAUAAAAUUGUAUGAAAUACAAUGUAUUAUGGGUGAAGAUUUUCAAUAAAUCUGUGAAAAUUUUAA